AUGCGCAUCAACGUCCCGCCUCUCACUCGAGGCUUGCUCAUCACCAUCGUCACCUUCACCCUCCUCAAUGCUGUCUUGCGGCCCGGCUACACUGGUUGGAUACAGGGCGUUGGCAAGCCCUUCCACACGGUCGGCCAGGGCGCGCCCUACCUGGCCAUCAUCCCCAGCACUGCGAUAGUAUACCCCUGGGUCUUUCUGGUGGCAACCACGGUGGAACAGAACAUCUUUGGCUUGUUCAUCACUGGCCUGACGGUCUUCUAUGGCGGGCGCUACCUCGAGCGGGCUUGGAGCUCGGCCGAAUUCGCCAAAUUCAUUCUUUUUGUUUCGAUGAUACCCAAUCUCUUGACUUUCUUGCUUUAUGUGGUCGCCUAUGCUCUCUCCCACAACGAUGAGGCCAUGACGGCAACCGUCUCUGGCGGCAUCGCAAUUCAAGCCGGCUUCCUCGUCUCUUUCAAGCAGCUAGUCCCUGAACACACCGUUUCCAUCUUCAAGGGCGCGAUUCGCAUGCGCGUCAAGCAUUUCCCCGCCAUCUUCCUUGUCGCCAACACAAUCUCCGGCCUCCUCUUCGGCACGGAAACCGCUAUGUUUCUUUCCUGGUUUGGCUUCCUCACGGCAUGGACCUACUUGCGCUUCUACCGCAGGAGCCCUUCUCUGUCAGCGACCACCACCGGCGAGGACUCUUUUGUCAAGGGCGACGCAUCCGACACUUUCUCGUUUGCGCAUUUCUUCCCGGAGCCAUUGCAGACGCCAGUGGGAUUGUUGGGGGAUCAGUUCUACAAUGCUCUUGUAGCAGUGAAGAUAUGCACGCCGUUUUCUACAGAAGACAUAGAUGCGGGCAAUGAACAAGCGAUGGCGAGGACAGAGGGUGGGCUUCCCAGCCUUAUGAAUCCCGCCAGAAGCGGAAGGAGUGGAAGGAGAGAAGAGGCAGAGCGCCGGAGAGCCCUAGCGCUUAAAGUCUUGGACCAGAGGUUGCAAGCUGCAGCUAGGCCCCAACCUGUUUCGGCCGCACCACCAUCGGGACCCUCUGUGCUGGGUGAGACAACCUUCGAACCUGAAAAGCACGAUGAGAUACCCUCGACUACGACAACCCCAAAGUAA